CAGCACUAUUUCCGAUUGAUUAAUCAAUGGCGUCACCAUUAACGUUAUAAUCCGUAACGCGCUUUUUUGCAGUUAUCUUCUGUAUUUACUACGAUUUAAGUUAAUAUAUGGUGUAUACAUUGUUUCUACAUUGCAAGACAAUAUUGCUGCAGAGGUUGCUAUGAUCAAGGAAUUAUUGUACAGAGUAAUACAUUAGCAAGAGUUCAUACCAAGAUGCAGACUAUCAAGUGUGUGGUUGUAGGAGAUGGUGCUGUCGGCAAGACAUGCUUACUUAUCAGCUACACUACCAACAAGUUUCCCUCGGAGUAUGUGCCCACUGUGUUUGAUAACUAUGCCGUAACUGUCAUGAUUGGCGGGGAGCCUUACACUCUAGGGCUCUUUGAUACUGCAGGACAGGAAGAUUAUGACAGGCUACGACCACUAAGUUAUCCGCAGACUGAUGUUUUCCUUGUAUGCUUCAGUGUGGUUAGCCCAAGUUCAUUUGAAAAUGUUAAGGAAAAGUGGGUACCAGAAAUAACACACCAUCAGCAAAAAACACCUUUCUUAUUGGUGGGGACACAGAUUGAUCUUAGGGAUGACCCUGUUACUAUGGAAAAACUCGCUAAGAUAAAACAAAAGCCUGUAUCGUUAGAACAAGGAGAAAAACUGGCAAAAGAACUGAAAGCAGUUAAAUAUGUAGAAUGCUCUGCUCUUACACAGAAAGGGCUGAAGAAUGUGUUUGAUGAGGCUAUACUGGCAGCACUGGAGCCUCCAGAGCCCGUCAAGAGAAAGAAAUGUGUGCUACUGUAAUGUUUGGCGACUGCGGCGCUGCACGCCGCGACGCGAGCGGCCCGGCGCGACCUCAUGCACGUAUAAAACUAACACUGUAAUAUUCAACUUAUUUUUAUAAACUUAUAAUUAUUGAAUAUAUGCCAUAAACUAAAAAUAAUGAAUAUUACAAAACAAUAUGGGUUUUAUACUAAGACAUAUGUUAUUCAGGCCUUUACAGUUUUCCAUUUAUUAUUAUUUCUAACAUUUGUAAAGACUAUUUAUACCCAGUAUGUCUUGUAUACAAAUUAAAAUUAUUUAUAAAUAUUACAAAGUCUGAAAUAGGUUUACUUGUCACUAAUGCUAAUAUUAGCAUUAAUGUUUGGGAAAGACUUUGUAAUGGAAUAACAUAAAAUGUAAAUGCAGUAUUUGCUAAAAUAAUAAGCAACUUCAUGCACAAUUUUGCUAUGCACAGUUUAAUACUAUGCAUUUCUUAUGUUUUAAUUACGACUUUAUUAAAUGUAACCUAAUAAGUUAAAAAAAUAAUCAUUUACGCCUUUCAUUUGUGACAGCCGUCUGUCUAUUUGUGUGUUAUUUAUCUUAUUAAAAUGUGUUCUUAGUUUGUCCUUCAAAAUAAAGCUUUUUUUCCAUUAUUAUUAAAUAUAUUCCAGUCAAAUGUAUUAUGUGUCAGGAAAAAUAACUAAUCCAGUUAUAAUUCCUGGAGUUAACUUUUACCCUAAAGGUAUAUCAUGCAUAAAACAUUUACCCUCUACUACAAAUAAUAAAAUAUGCUUUAUAAAGUAAAAGUUAAUUUAACAAGUCAUGAAAUAUUUUCACUGUGGCUGAUUGGAUCCAUAUAUCUUAAAUAAGUGUAAAAAUGCAUUCAGUUUAGUCAUAACAUUGUUUAUUCCAAUGGUCAAUGAAAAUGAUUUCAUACUUUAUGUAUCUAUCUAACAAUACAUGUAUUCCGGUCGAUUUUAAAUAAAGAAUAAUACCAGAAAGGUAUGUUAUUAUGAAAUGUAUCAAUUAUAAAGUUAUGAUUAGUAGUAUUGGCUAAUUAAUAACAAUGCAAUGCGAAUUUGACUGAAUUAAAUGUAUUCAUUCCAAGUAAUGUUUUUCUCACAUUUGAAAAUAGUUUUUCUCUGAGGAUAAUGAGAAAAGAAAACUGGAUGUAUACCAUGAUUACUUAGAACACGAUAUACUAAUUCGAGGUAUUCAGUUAGUCUUAAAGUAUGUUUUUAUUUCUAAGAUAUUUUUAUUUCAUAAAAAUUGAAAUGUCUCAUACGUUUCCGAACGCCGGAGAGGCAGUGGAAGUCUUAAUUGGUUUGAGCUAUGACUUUGAGUAAACAGUCAGUAAGAACUAAAGUAACAUGAUAGAAAGGAGGAGUUGAUUAUAAAGAAUCCACUCCAUAACUUCUGGGAAGUACCUUCUUUAGCGUUACAUUGUUAAUUGAACCAGAUAAAAUUACCUAUGUCUUCUAUUUAUAUUUUAUAACUAAUCUUUAAAUUUAACCCAAAGUACCGAUGGAUGAAGUUGGUCCAAUUUAUUUCGGUCGAUUGAGCCAAUUUUGAUACUCUCAUUGCAUUUUACAUGAGACCGAGCUGGUCUGAUAGUGACACCUGAAGGAAACUAGCUCAGGCACGCUAUAUUAUAUAUACGCCCAUUAUGAACGUGAUUGCAGUAACAAUCAGAAUCAAUGUCAGACACUUAUUUUUAGAACUUUAAUCCUAGAGGUAGUUGAAACUCGAAAGAUGACAAUUCAUAACUUGUAACUGUACCUGUAUCUAAAAUUAAUUUGAAACAUUAAAAUAUCUACAAACAAGUAUUAAAGCAAUAAGAUGAAGAUUUUACACCGCUCCGAACAGUAGCUUUGCUAGCAAUGCGAUAGUACGUAAGUGAUCGAAUGUUUUGUACCUAAUCUCGCCUAUAGAUAGACGGUGUUGACCGAAGCCAAGUCCACCUAAGUCAGUGGUUGUGAGGUGGCUGGCGACGGUUGCGCAGUCGACGUCCUGAUGCCAAGCAAAUAUUCUAAACUAUAGAUGGGCCCGUUCAUUUAAUUCCGACCGACCAUUCGUUUGUCAUGCCUCAGUGCGAAGACGAGUUCGUAUCACGCACGCCAUUUUGGCGAACCGUACAAUAUGGCUCGAAUUCGUGGCAUAACACACGGCUGUACUGGCACUAAUCUUUACGAAGUAAGAGUGAGAAUGAUAUGAGCUAUUUAGUCCAUUGCAUAUGCAGCCAUCUUGUCCCUUACGCUCUGUGAGGCUACGGUAGCAAAUAAAUAUGAUGCCAGAGCGUUCGUUCGGUCCGACUACAGUUAGGUGCCAUGUCCUUGUUUACACUGUGUAUGCGUCUUCACCAACAGGCGGGCCGUAUGCUUGUUUGCCACCGACGUAGUAUUAAAAAAAAAACAAUUAGCAAUCGGAUCAUUGUUAUGUUAAUAUGAAAUGUGUAAUUUGCUCUCAAUUUAAAGCUGAUUCGGAUCUGACUUUGAUGUGAGUGUGUCAAUGAGGUAGUGCUAUUAAAAUGUCUUACAUUGGUACUCCCACACUUUUCAGCCAGUUGUCAGUUAGAUAUGCCAGUAUGAUAGCCAUGGAGUCUGUACUCUGUAUACAGUGGAAAGGUGUAUGUUUUUGCCAACGAAUCUAUAGGUACUUAACAUUGCCUACUUGGCUAACUUGGUUUCCAACAAAAAAAAAUAUAGAAAGAAGAAAAAAAGGAGAACUUUGAUAAUAUGGCGCUUGGUAGGCAAUGUUAAAUAAUUAUAAUAAAUAUACUAGUGAUAUGAUAUGAAUGUUUCAUACGAUUUGGUGUCUCAGUAUUGGGGUGGGUUUAAAUCCGGAAAUCGUUUAUAAACAUGACAAUAAUUACUAUCUGCUCAUACCCAGUUGCAUGUAGGGUUAUCUUUAUGAUUUCCAGAUUUGUGCUUUACAAACAUUCGGCCUUGGUAAUUUUUUUACAGACGUAGUGCGAAAAGCUUUUCCUUCGUAUUUUUAUGGAAACAUACGAGUGUAGCAUGCUAUUUCAGUCAGUCUCUGUACAAGAUGUACUGACACUGUCUGAACUGGCAUGACAAAUGCGAACGUUUCCGGAAAAAUACGAAGGAAAAGCUUUUCGCACUACGUCUGUAGGUAUGGUUUGUUCGUUAGCAGGGAGCUUGACGAAAUAGAGAGUAUUGUCUCGUCAACUAGUCUCUGUUUGUGUUGUCAAGAAGAUUACAAUUUCAAUACCGCGUUACACACAUUGUUUGGCAUCACACAUAGACUGAUAUGUAAAUUUACAUGAAUAAUGUUAUUGUUUGACUUAAAGUAAUCCAAACAUACCCAAUCGCCCAUACCUACGAUAAAAAUAUGUAUAAGCUAUUCUGUGUAGUAAUUAAACAUUUAAAUAUCGUUUCUUGUAGGUAUGAUUAAAAUACGUUAUGUGUAACACAAUGAAUAGUUAAAAUUAAAGAAAUAAAUAGCAAUCGGUGUAUUAUGACGUCGACUGUGCAUUAGAAAUAAAUCGCGUUUUUAUAACUUUUGUAUAACAUUAAGUUUAGAUCUAAACGCAAACCGUUAAACAGAUGACUGAGAUGGUGCAAUAUAAAGUAGAUUUUGUAAUAAUUUCCAACCGACGGGGCUAUACGAUACGUAGGCAUCGAACCACUCGCCGCACUCCCGUGUCACGUUCUGUAUCAUUUUACGGAUUAUCAUUAUUACAUACGACACCAGGACAAGUUAACUGAAGUAUUAUUUUUGCAUUCAUCUAUAUUUCGUGGGUUUUUUGACAUAUAUCACUUUAUUAUAUUGGAUAUAUUAUAUUUUCUUGUGUCCGCAAGGUAGUGUUAGGUGUAUAUUGAAUUAAAUAUUAUAAGUUAAAAACA